AUGCAUUAUAGGAACCGGUCUCGGCAGCUAGCGGAAGGCCGCUCGAGCAAGGACAGGUGCCUAUCUGGAGCAAUCCUCUCCAUGAUCCGGGAAUACCGGGGAAGUGGUCUGGCCGGUCAGUCUGUGCCGAACAGCCGGGAGUCGAGGAGUGUCCGAUCUGUGUCCUCUAGUGCCAAGGAUAACAGGAGUAUCUGGAGUAAUGAAGAGGAAAUCUGGGUGGGAUACAGGAAUACUAUAGGAAGUAAAGGAGGCUGUGACAAAAUUAUUUGGAGGUGA